AGAAUGAUGAUAAUAAAAAGACAUUAUUUGAAAAAAUAAAAGAUAAUCUUCAAGAAAAAGAAUAUUUAGAAAUAAUAGAUAAUAUUUUUAGCAAAUAUAAAAAACAUGAUCUUGAUGAAAAAGAAGAAGUACACUCCAAAAAACCUAAAAUAGAUAAUGAGAAUCUAUCUGAUAGAGAAGAGGAAGAUUUAUCUAAAAAUAAUGAAAAGAAAAAUAAAUCAGAAGAUAAUCAACGAAAAAUGAAAGAAUUGAGAAAAAAUGCAGAAAUUCAUAUGUCUAAAACAAGACCAUUUUUU